AUGGUGAUAUCGGCCAAUCUUCGAGAGAACAUCUUUGGUAAACUCAGCGGUGUCGAGCUUGUGGUUGGCUUCGUUCUUCAUAAGCUGGUCAAGAUGAACCGAGGCCGCUCUGACCAUGUCAGAUUCCUGUUGUUAACUGCUGUUGGGCUAUGUCGACACCGCCAGUGCGAAGAUAUCGGUCGACCCCUCCGGGGUUUGAGGGCUGAACUCGACAUUCUCCUGCAAAAGCGGCGCACUAUAACCCACGCACUUUGA